AUGGAUGCAGUACACCCGGGUGUAGGAUAUUCAUCACUCCGUGAAAUAAACUGCACCAUCCAUUGGUUUCAAGGAUGGAGUAAAAACCAAAGAGAAUGUUUCAUGGAAGAUCUUAUUGCUAAAGCACUCCCAGGUAGAAUAGACCUGCUUCUGGGUGACCUAAACGGACUUACUAUGAAAGACAAGCCUCCUUCAUUAUAUGAGUGUCAGUUGCGACUCUUCAACCAGUGGUUUCAAGAUUGGGAUGAGAGUGAAAGGACAUUUAUGUUAGAAAGACUCGAAUCUGCAGAUCCAUUCUUUGUGUCAACAUUCCGUCAAAAAGUCAUGAUUGCAAAAAAUGUUACCUCAUAG